UACAAGCUGUGUUCGCGUUCCCUUUAAGCCCGCAAAUCGGGGCUUUUCACGGAUUUAAAAGUACUUAAUAAAAAAGUAGCAAUAAGGACAAUAAGUGUAACAAAAUGAAUGUUCUGAGGCAAAGAGUGACGAGCGGCCUUGGCCGACAGCCAAGGGAAAUAAGCGCCCUGUUCGUGCCCCGGCUCGCCAUGUGCCAACCAAAAUUAUGUUGCACUGAAUCUAAGAGAUGGCGAAGUGGCGAAUUCAGAGUCGAGAAGGAUACCUUCGGUGAACUGAAAGUACCGGCAGACAAGUACUAUGGAGCCCAGACCAUGCGAUCGGUAAUGAACUUCCCGAUCGGCGACCAGUCCGAGCGCAUGCCGAAAGGUGUCAUCGUCGCGAUGGGCAUUUUAAAAAAGGCCGCCGCCGAGGUGAACAAGGAGUACGGACUUGACCCAAAAGUUGCCGAUGCUAUCAGCAAAGCAGCCGACGACGUGAUCAGCGGGAGUCUCUACGACCAGCAUUUCCCCCUGGUCAUCUGGCAGACCGGCUCGGGCACGCAAACCAACAUGAACACCAACGAGGUGAUUUCCAACCGAGCGAUCGAGCUCCUGGGUGGUGAGCUGGGCUCGAAAAACCCGGUCCACCCGAACGACCACGUGAACAAGUCGCAGAGCUCAAACGACACCUUUCCGACAGCGAUGCACAUAUCCGUGGCCCUGGAGAUCAACAAGAUCCUGUUACCCGGUCUAACUCAGCUGCACGCCGCGCUCAAGGAAAAGUCCGAGGAGUGGAAGGACAUCAUCAAAAUCGGCAGAACGCAUACGCAAGACGCGGUGCCGCUCACUCUUGGGCAAGAGUUUUCGGGGUACACGAAGCAAGUGGAGUAUGGUAUCGCCAGAGUCAAGGACACGCUACCGAGGUUGUACGAGCUGGCCCUUGGUGGUACGGCAGUAGGCACGGGUCUGAACACGAGAAAGGGCUUUGCGGAAAAGACCGCCGCAAGAAUCGCCUCCCUGACCGGUCUUCCCUUCGUAUCGGCGGCGAAUAAAUUCGAAGCCCUCGCUGCUCACGAUGCUCUCGUCGAGGUUCACGGUUCUCUCAAUACCGUCGCUGUAUCUCUCAUGAAGAUCGCAAAUGACAUCAGAUUUUUGGGAAGUGGACCACGGUGCGGACUGGGCGAACUCUCGCUUCCUGAGAACGAGCCCGGCAGCUCGAUUAUGCCCGGCAAAGUGAAUCCAACCCAGUGUGAAGCGUUGACGAUGGUGUGCGCCCAAGUGAUGGGCAAUCACGUGGCGACGAGUGUCGGUGGAAGCAACGGGCACUUCGAGCUCAACGUAUUUAAGCCCAUGAUCGUCGCCAAUGUGCUCCGAUCGACGAGAUUGCUCGGAGACGCGGCGGCCACCUUCACGAAGAAUUGCGUCGUCGGUAUUCAGCCAAACAUCGAUAAUAUCAAGAAGAUUAUGAACGAAAGCUUGAUGCUAGUCACUGCCCUUAAUCCUCACAUUGGUUACGAUAAGGCUGCAGCCAUUGCGAAACAGGCGCACAAAGAAAAGUUAACAUUGAAGGAAUCGGCGCUGAAAAAUGGCCUGACUUCCGAGCAGUUCGACCAAUGGGUGAAACCAGAAGAAAUGUUGGGGCCUAAGUAAAGUGUCGUUAAACAAUUAUUUUUCACGAUUAUUGUUGAAAAUCCAUUUCUAAUACGCUGUAAUGCAAUGGAUGAAAAAAAUACUUGUCAAAUAUUGUUUAUAGAUACAAAACCUUUUGAAUUAUAUAUGUAUAAAGUAAGAUAAGACCAGUGUUUAUUCAUCAUCAUUCCUUUGAAACACUUUAAAAGUUUUUCCUACUUUUCGUAUGAGAUAAGAAGUCUUCACACAAAGUGAUACGCACUAUCAGAAGCGAAAAAGAGGGGGUAGAGGUCAUUG